ACGAUGCUGUUUUUCAAAGGGGAGUUCGUGUGGAAGAGUCACACAAAGACCCGAGAGUUAAUCUCAGAGAGGUGGAAGAAUAUCACCAGCUCAGUGGAUGCUGCAUUCCGCCGUGGUCCUGACAGUAUCUUCCUGAUUAAGGGAGACAAAGUGUGGAUGUACCCCCCUGAAAAGAAAGAGAACGGAUACCCAAAGCUGCUCCAAGAUGAGUUUCCCGGAAUCCCAUUCCCAGUGGACGCGGCUGUGGAAUGCCACCGUGGAGAAUGCCAAAGUGAAGGCAUCAUCUUCUUCCAAGGUAACCGCAAGUGGUUCUGGGACUCGGCUACAAGAACCACGAAGGAGCGUUCCUGGACAGCUGUUGGGAACUGCACCUCUGCCCUUAGGUGGCUUGAACGCUACUACUGCUUCCAGGGUAACCAGUUCCUGCGCUUCAACCCUGUCACCGGAGAGGUGCCUCCCAGGUAUCCUCUGGACGCUAGAGACUACUUCCUGUCCUGCCCUGGCAGAGGCCAUGGUAGACACAGAAACGGAACCAGCCACAGGAAUGGCACCCACCCUAGCCCUGAUUACAAUCGCUGUAGCCCGGACCUCGUCUUGUCGGCUUUGCUGUCUGAUAACCAUGGAGCCACCUAUGCCUUCAGUGGGUCCCACUACUGGCGCCUGGACACCAUCCGUGAUGGAUUGCACAGCUGGCCCAUUGCCCAUCAGUGGCCCCAGGGUCCUUCAUCGGUGGAUGCUGCCUUUUCUUGGGAAGAUAAGCUGUAUCUGAUCCAGGGUACCCAAGUGUAUGUCUUCCUGAUCAAGGGAGGCUAUAAUCUCGUAAGUGGCUAUCCAAAGAGGCUGGAGAAGGAACUUGGUAGCCCUCAUGGGAUCAGCCUUGACGCUGUGGAUGCAACCUUCACCUGCCCUGGUUCUUCCCAGCUCUACAUCAUGAAAGGACGGCAGCUAUGGUGGCUGGAUCUGACGUUAGGAGCUCAAGCCACGUGGACAGAGCUUUCCUGGCCCCAUGAGAAGGUUGAUGGCGCCCUGUGUAUGGACAAGUCCCUUGGCCCCAAGUCAUGUUCUGCCAAUGGUCCCAGUUUGUACCUCGUCCAAGGCCCCAAUUUGUACUGCUACAGCAAUGUGGAGAAACUGAUUGCAGCCAAGACCCUUCCUCAGCCCCAGCGAGUAAACAGCCUCCUGGGCUGCAGUCACUGAGGAGCCCUGACAAGAUUCUGGCCCAGCUCAAUCCAUCUUCCCCCCUCCCUUUCAAUAAAGCCAGAUUGCUCCUUCGUGUGAAUUAUGA